AUGUUUUACUCUCAUCAGCUCUUAGCUCGCAAAGCUCCACUCGGCCAGAUAUGGAUGGCGGCAACGCUGCAUGCAAAGAUCCACCGCCGAAAGCUUGACAAGCUUAAUAUUAUCAAAAUCUGCGAAGAGAUUUUGAACCCCUCUGUUCCAAUGGCUCUCAGACUUUCUGGGAUUCUCAUGGGUGGAGUUGUAAUUGUUUAUGAGAGAAAAGUUAAACUACUCUACGAUGAUGUAAACCGUCUGCUGGUGGAAAUCAAUGAAGCUUGGAAAGUUAAAAGUGCUCCAUCAGAUCCAACAAGACUUCCAAAGGGCAAAGCUCAAGCCAAAUUUGAAUCUGUUACACUGCCACCAAAUCGUAAUGAGGACCUGGGGGAGGCUGACGAGUCACUUCCACAUUUUAAUACAGAAACCUUUACGGAUUUUCAUCAGACCUCCUAUUUUGCUAUGAGACUGGAUAGCUUGGAUGAUUCCUAUCUAAACCAAAACCCUCAGGGUGAUCAAGACCAGAACCACCAUCAAGCUGAGGCUGCUGAAAUUACACUAAAUGAUAAUUAUGAUUCGUAUCAGGCAGACACCACAACAUUCAUCCACUUUGAAAGGUUUGAUGUUGAAGGGGACGAGGAGACACAAUUGAACUUCACUCCACCAGAACAUGUGGAAAUCCCUAAUAUCAUACCAUCUCCACCUCAUCAAGAGGAGCUCCCUAAGUCUGAUGAAGUCCUGGAACGACAUCAUGAGGAGCAGGUCAAUCAGCAAUCGGCUGAAAGCAUGAAAACUGAUUUGGAUCAAAAGAGGAAGAAAGUUGUUCAAAGAAGGGCAAGGAAGCCGACAGGUCGUGUAAUGGACUAUGAUCAAACUAUCAUUACUGGUCACAUAUAUCAAAACUGGCUUCAGAAUUCCACUGAUAUUGUAAGGGAAAGGAAAAGAAAGAGACCAAUGGAUGCCUUGUCCUUGAUGAAGAUAGGCACUGUCAUGGAGUUGCCUUCUGUUGUACUGGUUGGGAGCUUAUUUACACGUGAACUUGGACGAGUUUACUAUCCAGAGCCUCUUUUGGAAAUGUGGAGAAGUAGUAUUCAACCACCUCCACACGAUUCACCUUCUGGAGGAGCUUCUCGCCCUCAGCCACCAGAACCGUCAUCAUCAUCGCCACCAGAUAGAAUGCAUUUUCCAGAACCAGCAAGAGAUCCUUUUGAAGACUUCCACAGUGGAGUUGGCUCACCUCCAAUGAGGAUUUCCGUUGAGAAGCAAAGAGCAAAUAAUGAGAUGCCCCCUGAGGUGUUAAUCGAUGAGCUUAGGAACAACCUUAGGAACAAUGUAUUUGGAGUUGUAGACACUAAUGGAGUGAGCGCAUCCAAGCUCAACCUGAUGGCUACCCCAGGAAAUUCCAGUGAUGGAAUAAGGUCAAUCCCCAGUUCAGGAUCGGGGCAUGGUUUCUUCUCACACAACUCAGACGCCACAUCAGGAAGGUCGAGCAAAAAAAGACCCUUCUCUGCUUCUAAAAACAGUGGCAAUGGACUUGAACCUGUAGCAGAGGAUCUUUCAUGGGAGCAUCCUGAUCCCAACUUUAAGUUAGCCAAACUAUCAAAAAAUGAGUUAACACCAGAUUUCGAACUUCUGGUAGAAACUGGACCAACACAAACACAGAAGCAUCCUGUCAUCAAUCAGCCACUAGAUCAGAUAACUGAUUCCAUCCGAGUGCACUUGAAGAAUCAUUUUGACACACCCGGAAACGCCAAAGUCGAGUCUCUUGACCAAUUAGCUUUUGGGAUGAACAGAAAGAGAGCAGCAUGUCUUUUCUACCAGACUUGUGUUCUUGCUACACGAGACUACAUAAAAGUUGAGCAAAAGAUGCCUUAUGGUGACAUACUAAUUUCCAGAGGUCCAGAGAUGUGAGACAAAGAAGCAGCAAGAGUAGAAACAGAUACUAUAUAUAUCGAAAUAUAUAGGAGUUGAGGUUUAUCGAUUUUUUAUGAGAUUAAUUCCCUAGUCUUACUUAUAUAUAUUAGUCCUUUGAAGCUUUAGAAAGUAUCCUUUUUUUGAGA